AGCUCCCGAUUUGAUAGCAACAAUGGCCGAAGUUUGUGACAAAUAAGUCAAUUUAAAGUUAUCAGUUUCACAGCGAAGGUAUAUAAGCUUGUUAGUAAGAAGUCAGCAUUUCAUUUAAGCAAUAUGGGUUUGUGUCGAACAAUAGUGUUGGUGACCUUUAUAGGACUACUACAAUGCGCUUUAUAUGAAGCUCAAAGAUGCAACUGCAACAUACCGACUACUGUGCAAUUUAGAAUACCGAAUUUGGACAAUUAUCAAAAUUAUCCUUUUUAUUUCCCGUUACCGUACCCAUAUGCUAAUAAUGGAAAUAAACGAGCCUGUAACACUCCAGGGUGUAAUACAAAUACUAGAGUUCAACCAAGCGAAGUUAAGAUUUUGGUUCCAACUGCCACAAAAUCUGGAUAUACCCACAUAACACUCGAUACCAAAAAUCCCAAUAGAUAUGGUUCUCAAUGCAAUAAACCGGUCAAUCCAACAAACACUAAUAUAGAUGUUUAUGUACAACUGGGUAAGACAAAUAAGAACAAUAAAAAUGAACCUGAAGCUGAAAGUGAAGCAUCUGCAACUAAGAGUAAAAAUGGUAAAGAAAUGAAGUCUAUAGUCAUAGCAAAAUAUUCACAGAACAAGCUCAAAGUUAACGUUCACGUUAGAGAACCUAAUAAUAAUGAAAAUAAUGACGGAAAUAAACCAGAAGUGACUGGUGUCGGUUAUGCCGCAGAUGAUGACAAUGAUGCAAGAGCUGAAAGCGAUGCUAAAGUUGAAGAUACCAACUAUCCAGCUAAAGAAGACGAUGCCGCAAAUGAGGCCAAUGACCCUGCUGAAGAUGACGCUGCUGCAAAUGAUGCCAACGAGCCAGCUAAAGAAGACGCUGCUGCAAAUGAUGCCAACGAGCCAGCUAAAGAAGACGCUGCUGCAAAUGAUGCCAACGAACCAGCUAAAGAAGACGCUGCUGCAAAUGAUGCCAACGAGCCAGCUAAAGAAGACGCUGCUGCAAAUGAUGCCAACGAGCCAGCUGAAGAAGACGCUGCUGCAAAUGAUGCCAACGAACCAGCUAAAGAAGACGCUGCUGCAAAUGAUGCCAACGAGCCGGCUGAAGAAGAUGCUGAUGCAAAUGAUGCCAACGAGCCAGCUAAAGAAGACGCUGCUGAAAAUGAUGCCAACGAGCCAGCUAAAGAAGACGCUGCUGCAAAUGAUGCCAACGAGCCAGCUGAAGAAGACGCUGCUGCAAAUGAUGCCAACGAGCCAGCUAAAGAAGACACUGCUGCAAAUGAUGCCAACGAGCCAGCUAAAGAAGACGCUGCUGCAAAUGAUGCCAACGAGCCAGCUAAAGAAGACGCUGCUGCAAAUGAUGCCAACGAGCCAGCUAAAGAAGACGCUGCUGCAAAUGAUGCCAACGAGCCAGCUAAAGAUGACGCUGCUGCAAAUGAUGCCAACGAGCCAGCUAAAGAUGACGCUGCUGCAAAUGAUGCCAACGAGCCAGCUGAAGAUGACGCUGCUGCAAAUGAUACCAACGAGCCAGCUGAAGAUGACGCUGCUGCAAAUGAUGCCAACGAGCCAGCUAAAAAAGACGAUGCCGGAAAUGAUGCCAACGAGCCAGCUAAAGAAGACGAUGCCGGAAAUGGUAACCGCGGCCGAGCUAACCGGCCAAAUGAUGAUUGAUAACCCUCCGGAAAAACCUGGAGAUGAGUAAGAUAUACCACAUUCCCUGCCUGUGAUCAUAACUUAUUGUAUGUGUAGAAUAUUAAGGAUAUGAAAAAUAUAAUGUAACCUAUUAAACAUAAAGUUGUUAAACCAUAAAAUUGUUCACAUUUGAAAGAACCUAACUAGGCUAGUAUUAUAAGCACAAAACAUAACCUUUUCUGGACAAUAAAUUAAGAUUUUUAUAAUUGGAACAUUUUCCCUGAAGAAUUGCGUGUUCCCGAAGUUUAUUCAUUUGGUCUAUUGGGUAUGAACCUAUACCCUAUUCACGGAACCAUGAGCCAAAGGCCAUGAGUAAUCAAACCAUAAAAAGGGUUCUUUAUAAGUCACGAUUGAAGUAGUGAAUAUAUUUUCUAAAAAUAACUUCGGAAGUAAUACACUGACAACGUUAGAAUGAUAUUUUAGAACUAUGUCUGCAGAACUUAUGUUAUCCUUUCAGACUUAUUUGAAGUCAAAUACAAUAAAUGCCGUAAAUUAUU